CAUGCUCCGCCGAGCCGCUGCCGCCGAGCCGCUGCGCCUGGGAGCCGGCGCUGGAGGCGGCGGCGCAGGAAGUUUCCGCUUUGCACCACACCCCGGUAGCAGCUUUGCUGCGGGGACAGCUUCCUCCGGACGCUCGGUGGGCUUCUCGGCCACCUCACGUCACCCCAGACGGAUCAUGGGGUUGCCCAAGGGGCAGGAAGGCCAGGGUCUCCCCGAGGUAGAAACAAGAGAAGAUGAAGAACAAAAUGUCAAAUUGACUGAAAUUCUGGAACUCCUGGUUGCAGCUGGAUAUUUCAGGGCUAGAAUUAAAGGCUUGUCACCUUUUGACAAGGUGGUAGGAGGAAUGACUUGGUGUAUCACCACUUGUACCUUUGAUAUAGAUGUUGAUUUGCUCUUUCAGGAAAACUCUACGAUAGGUCAAAAAAUAGCUCUAUCAGAAAAGAUUGUCUCAGUCCUUCCAAGGAUGAAAUGUCCACAUCAGCUGGAACCCCAUCAGAUCCAAGGGAUGGAUUUUAUUCACAUAUUUCCUGUUGUGCAGUGGCUGGUGAAACGAGCUAUAGAAACGAAAGAAGAGAUGGGUGACUACAUCCGUUCAUACUCUAUAUCCCAAUUCCAGAAAAACUACAGUCUUCCUGAGGAUGAUGACUUUGUAAAGAGAAAAGACAAGGCUAUCAAGACAGUGGUCAACCUCUCAGAUGUGUACAAGCCUCGUCGGAAGUACAAACGUCAGCAGGGAGCAGAGGAGCUGCUUGAUGAAGAAUCUCGAAUCCAUGCUACACUUUUAGAAUAUGGCAGGGUAUCUGAUCCCUUGAUGAGAUACGGAUUUAGCCGGCAGAACAAAAUAGAGAAGGCUGAGGAUAAGAAAACACUUCCUGCAGGGCUGUCAACUACAGAAAAAGCAGAUGUCCAUGAAGAAGAAGAGCUUCAAGCAGCUGAAGAGCAGCGUAUUCAGUCACUGAUGACCAAGAUGACUGCCAUGGCAAAUGAGGAGAGCCGUCUCACCGCAAGCUCCGUGGGCCAGAUCGUGGGCCUCUGCUCUGCCGAGAUCAAGCAGAUUGUGUCUGAGUAUGCAGAGAAGCAGUCUGAGCUGUCAGCUGAAGAAAGUCCAGAAAAAUUAGGAACCUCCCAGCUACAUCGUCGGAAAAUUAUUUCCUUGAACAAGCAGAUUCUACAGAAGACUAAACAUCUGGAAGAGCUGCAAGCAAAUCAUACCAACCUCCAAGCCAGAUAUAACGAACGAAAGAAAAUGCUAACAGAGCUGAAGAGUCAUAGUGAGAAACUGGAUAAACAGCAAGCAGCCCUUGAGAAGAUAGAAUCCAAAGCAGAUCCAAGUAUUCUACAGAACUUGAGAGCACUUGUAGCCAUGAAUGAAAAUCUGAAAAGUCAGGAACAGGAGUUUAAAGCACAUUGCCGAGAGGAGAUGACGCGGCUGCAACAGGAAAUUGAAAGCCUGAAAGCCGAGAGAGCGCCAGACGAAAAGACACUCUCCAAUGGAGGGCCGGAUGGUGUGCUGACCUCUGUGAUGACUCACAAUGAAGACCUAGACAGGCGGUAUAAUAUGGAAAAAGAGAAACUUUACAAGAUCCGUUUACUACAGGCUCGAAGAAAUCGAGAAAUAGCAAUUUUGCAUCGCAAGAUUGAUGAAGUGCCCAGCCGAGCUGAGUUAAUACAGUAUCAGAAGAGAUUCAUUGAACUCUACCGCCAGAUUUCAGCAGUGCACAAAGAAACCAAGCAGUUCUUCACUUUAUAUAACACCCUGGAUGACAAAAAGGUUUAUUUGGAAAAAGAGAUUAGUCUACUCAAUUCAAUUCAUGAGAACUUCUCACAAGCCAUGGCCUCUUCUGCUGCCCGGGACCAGUUUUUACGUCAGAUGGAACAAAUCGUAGAAGGAAUUAAGCAAAGUAGGAUGAAGAUGGAGAAGAAGAAGCAAGAGAACAAAAUGAGAAGAGACCAGUUGAAUGACCAGUAUUUGGAACUGCUAGAGAAACAGAGACUAUACUUCAAGACUGUGAAAGAGUUCAAAGAGGAGGGCCGCAAGAAUGAGGUACUGCUGUCCAAGAUGAAAGCAAAGGCCUCCUGAUCAUUCCCAGCCAUUUUUGUAUGUCACUGAAUUUUUUAAAAUAUCAUGUAUCAACUAUGAAAUUGUUCAGAAAGCAACAGCAGAGAGGUGCAAGUGUAUUAAUUUCAGUUCCCUGGAUGUUAACUUUGUCUUUAUUUGCUACUGUUUCAUCUCUAGCUGUUGAUGGAAUCAUAAAAUGUAAACACUGGCUUGGAUGACACCCUGUAAGGAAAAUGGGGAGUACUUAUUCUUUAUAUCCACUCAGUUUUUUUCUCUCCAGUAACAUUGCACUUUCGAAGGUACCUGUAUUUGUAUAGACUCUGAAUAAAGAAUUCUGUUGUCCAGCAAAUAUUGAGCAACCACUGAGAAAUAAGCACAGAAGGGGAUUCAUGAGAAUGUAAAUCACACUCUUCUCAUUCAGCAAGUGGCCUCGGGAGCAGAUACAGCUCACUGGACUACAGAGUGUGGCCAUCUGAGGUUUGCUUUGUUUUGUGUCAGCAAACAGAAAGCUGCUGGGUGAAUGAUAUGCCAGUGUGAGUGACGGUUACUUGGAACCUUCACCUGUCCUGGUGCCUUUUGUUCCUAGCUUCUCAAGGUACCAGCCAGCAGGCUUGGACCACAUACAUAGUAACUCAAGUCAGAGCUCAGUUUUCAUUGGUUUAAUCCUUAUACACACCUUAGGGUCAUUUCACCAGGAAAGUUGGAAAUAGGCCUCAUACUGAGGAUAUUUCAAAAACGAUUACACCUUUCUAUAUCCUUGUUAUUUGACAAGGCAACAUGUGGGUGGGCUUUCAAAUCUCUUUAUUCAGGGAUUCAGUGUUCCUACAUUGCAGAGAAGCUCAUGGUCUGAUCAAGGAGGGAGACUUGCAGCAUACUGACUGCUACCUGGAGGGGCAGAUUAAAAGACAGUAACAGGUACUGGGGUUGAGGGGAGCAGAAGUCUGCUGGUGGAGAAGUACAAAAGUCUUCGUGGAAGAGCAGCUAAUUUUUUGGGUUAGAUCUGAAGGAAUAGGAUGUUUCUAUCACAGAGAAAGGAAACAGUUUUUGAUAAAGAUACACUGGUUGAAACUCAAGAGUUGUAGGAGAGUACAGAACAUACUGGGAGAGGAUGGGAUGAUUUGGAAUUUGUAGGAAGCUUUAGAGACUUACCUGGCAAGGUGAACUUGGAAGACUUAGAAGCAUAACUGAUAGUUUUGUCCUUAUAAAGGAGCAGUCCAAAGGAAAAAGAAAGAGUUCCUUCCUUGGCUCUUGGAAAUCAGCAGUUCAGUCUUGGUCCGUGUACCCCAGUGUAGGUUUGUACUGCAUGUUAUGUAAACCUGUACAUAGGCACUCUCCAGUCAGCAGGUUUGGACUAUAAUGCAGAAGCUUGGACACGUUAGGCAAGUGGAAUGUUUAUCAGUCACAGAAACACUGUUCAUUUGUAGUUCUCUAAGGUAUAUGAUUAUGAAGGUCUGAGAGGUACAAACUUAUGAACAUCCCACUCUGCCUUAAUACCACCAGUGUUUUCUGUGCCAGGGCCAGCAAGAUGCUGUGAGAGCAACAGCAGCAGCAGCAGCUAAGAUGGCACCUCCUUGCGCCAGAGCAAUUCAUAGCCUUGUGCAUAUCCACUUCCACUGCUUCCUGAGCCAUGGCCAUGUGGAAAUUCUGAAGAGGUUCAAUGAAGGUGAAGUUGGUAUUUUUUUUUUAAAGUGCCAUUUUGAAGAUGAGAUAGCAACAAUUUACUAUGUUUACAAUUAUUUCAAUUUCAGAAAAACAUCUGUAUUAACCAUGUAAAGAAGCUUAUAUACCCCCACAGUGCACACAGCAUUGCAUAUCUGGCUAACUACACUUCGUGAGCAACUGGGAGAUCAUUUAAGUAUCUGUCCACAGGUUUUAGGGAAGCAGGAGCAGGUAGUAUUCUACAGUUUGUGGAUUCUACCUGUCUGUAUUGGGGGAAAGUAUAGCAUGACUGAUCCAGAGCAGGGAAUAAUGCUUUUUGAAAGUGGAGUCCUUUAUUUUGGUGUAGGGAAGUAUUGACAGAUGCCUUUUCCCAUUUUUUCAUCUAUAAAACCUAAUUAAUCUUCAUUGCUUGAACAUACUUUAAAUUAGACUGCAGUCGCUAUUCUUAAGAAUUCCAUGGUUGCUGCAGACAGCCUGCAUUUGUGGGUACUGUCAUGAGUAAUUAGGGCAUUAGGCAGGCAGUACAAUCAGGCCUUAAAAGCCAAAAUAGUGCGCUGGGGUCCAUGGUCAUUUCAGGAGCCACUCAUGAUGGUAGGGGCAAGGGUCACCCCAGGGCUGUAUUUCUCUAAGCACAGAGAUACCACAUUAUUGUAUUUCACUGAAUUGAAGAGAUUUUCCAAAAGUAUAAUGAAGGGACAACAUUCUUAAGUUAUUGUUUAUGAAUGUGUGCUUAGGAAAAAGCAGAUCGUUACCAGAACACUAAGCCCACUAAUGGGGCUGGGUGUCUAGGGCCCUGCAUAUCUUUCUCAUGUGCAUUUCAUGGAGCAUACAUGGCUUCAUAUUGGAUUAUAUUGGAUAUUGUGAUAUAAUCCAAAAAGCAGCAUGUCUGUAGAUACCUAGAUGUUUAUCUUUGUCCUGUGUCCAGUCCUUGCAGAUACAGGAUGGCCUGCAGCACUAGAGGAAAGUACAUGUACCUUAUAUUAGAAAAGUCAUAAAGGAGUAUCCUUUCUUAUAACAGAGGGCAAAUUCCAAGCUUGUUAGUCAUAAGUUUUGUUGUAAUCUGACAUACUUGAUUUUUAACUGGGUUAUGGUUCCUAGCCCAUAUUGUGAGAUUAGCCAGGCCCUAGAGCCAUGUCCACGUCUACUGAGUCUGGUCAUAGAAUUAGGAGACAGUAGAAGUACAGGUUGGAGGUGUUUCCCCCCCUAGACUGAAGAAAUAGUCCCUCAUAACAGCACAACCCUUGCAGCUUCCUGAAUAACUGAGUAGAACAUAGUGAAGGCCAUGAGACAGCACUUCACUGUCUUACAAGAUGGCACUCCAUGACUUUGAUGAUGUCACAUUAGCACAUCCCCAACACAUCUGUGUUGACUAAAGCCAAUGUACCUCAAAGAACACUUGGCACAGUCAGCUGUGGCCUACAACUUGUGCCACCUGAGUUUCUGCUGCUUAGUAUGGUCUUGUCUUAGCUACUUUUUGGGUGACUAAUGAUCAGUUUAAUAGGGAAAUAGGACUCAGCCAAAGUAACUAAUAAAAGUUAUUGCUAGAAUGCCUGUCUCUUACUGUGAAGUGCAUAUUGUUGGACUGAAAUAUGUAUUGAGAUAGAACACGUUAAGGAAGCUCUUUAUUACUUAUUUAUGGUCAGUGCUGAACACAAGGUAAAAUAACAUGAUACAAACAUACAAUGAAAGCCCAGUAGGGUGGGUGCCAUUGUCUGUCCCUGUGGUGGGGCAUUGCCUAGGGGAAAUGCUUUGUUUUAUCCACCUUCAGAAUCCCCCAUACCACCUUUUUCUACACUCAGUUUAGAGCAGACCUUUUUAUAGCACAUGGCAAUAAUCUGAAAUACUACAAAUA